ACCAUGAAUACAUCGUAAGUGUGCGGGCUUUCAACAAUUUUGGAGAAAGCGAACCUGUGAUCGCUGUGGCCACGGCAGGUGACGGGAAGAUGUCGAUUGUUCCACUGAUUGAUAAUGAUGUCGACAAGAGCGACGAUGACAUCAAGUUUGAUGACGCUCCGCAGAAUGUGAGCCUCGAGUUGAAUCACGGGGAAAUCCCAACAGUGAACGUCCGGUGGUUCCCUCCAGCUCAGCUACAGGGACAGUUACUGGGUUAUAACGUGUAUUAUAAGAAGCAGGGCGAGAAGAGAUGGACGGUUAUGUUUGCAGACAGAACAACGUUCCUGGUUCUCAGAAACCUCUCUUUCGACUCGACGUAUUACGUCAGAGUAAACGUCCAUUACAGUGAUGGCGUCAAAGCCAAACUUUCCCGGACGGCCGUCAUCAAAACGUUUUCUUUAGAGGAUACAAUACAUGCUUUGCCCACUCCAAGCAUCACAUCGGUUUUCUCUGGAACAAACUUUUUAGACGUGAACUGGAAACCGCCCCUCAAAGACUAUCUGCACGUGAUCGUGGGAUUUAUUUUAGGAUUUGGGACGCGGAAACCAAAUGAAAACCAGGCGUUUAUUUCUGCGAGUCAGAGAAGUUUUAGAAUAGAAAACCUAAAGCCAAAUACAACGUAUCUUAUUUCCUUGGCCAUGUUUAAUGAACAUGGGAAGAGUGCCAAGUCGAUUGUUAAUGCUACAACAAGUGCGCUAAGUGCGUAAAUUUACCAACGGGU